CCGAUCCCUCGCUCGGCCUCUCGGCUGCUCAGGCCUGGGCCGCGGUGCCUUGUGGGUAGCCGUCUCCCUCUAGCCCCUCCCUCCUCCUGUCUUCUUGCCGGUUGUGUUCGCGUCUCUCGUCUCUGUCUCCCGUACACCGGAGCCGCACACAUGGCGCUGCACGUCCCCAAGGCCCCGGGCUUUGCCCAGAUGCUGAAAGAAGGAGCCAAGCAUUACUCUGGGUUAGAAGAAGCCGUCUACAGGAACAUCCAGGCCUGUAAGGAACUCUCCCAGACGACCCGCACCGCAUAUGGCCCAAAUGGGAUGAACAAAAUGGUGAUAAACCACUUGGAGAAACUGUUUGUUACCAACGACGCGGCCACCAUCAUCCGAGAGCUGGAGGUCCAGCACCCAGCUGCCAAGAUGAUUGUAAUGGCAUCGCACAUGCAGGAGCAGGAAGUUGGGGACGGCACUAACUUUGUGCUGGUGUUUGCCGGGGCUCUCCUGGAGCUGGCAGAAGAGCUGCUGAGGAUGGGGCUCUCUGUGUCUGAGGUUAUUGAAGGAUAUGAAAAGGCCUGUAGGAAAGCUCUGGAGAUCCUCCCUGACCUGGCGUGCAGCUCCGCCAAGAACCUACGUGAUGUGGACGAAGCCGCCUCCCUCCUGCGAACCGCCAUCAUGAGCAAGCAAUACGGCAAUGAGGACUUCCUGUCCAAACUCAUCGCCCAGGCCUGCGUCUCCAUCCUUGGUGAAUCUGGACAUUUCAAUGUUGAUAACAUCAGAGUCUGCAAAAUCCUGGGAUCUGGUGUCGGUGCGUCGUCGGUUCUGCACGGUAUGGUGUUCAAGAAGGAGACUGAGGGGAACGUCACGUCGGUGAAAGAUGCCAAAAUUGCAGUCUAUUCCUGUCCUCUAGAUGGGAGGGUCACAGAAACCAAGGGUACAGUGCUGAUAAACAACGCAAAGGAGCUGAUGGACUUCAGCAAAGGAGAAGAGACCCUCAUGGAGGAGCAAGUAAAAGCGUUGGCUGACGUCGGAGCCAACAUUGUGGUCACAGGUGGCAAAGUUGCAGACAUGGCUCUACAUUAUGCAAAUAAAUACAACCUUAUGGUGGUCAGGUUAAAUUCUAAGUGGGAUCUAAGAAGACUGUGUAAAACCGUUGGUGCAACAGCUCUGCCCAGGCUGACUUCACCCACGCCAGAAGAAAUGGGACACUGUGACAGUGUAUACUUAUCUGAAGUCGGGGACACGCAAGUUGUCGUAUUUAAGCAUGAAAAAGAAGAUGGAGCCAUCGCGACCAUAGUCAUCCGAGGGUCUACGGACAACCUGAUGGAUGAUGUGGAGCGCGCGGUGGACGAUGCAGUCAACACUUUUAAAGUUCUCACAAGGGACAAGCGCCUUGUUCCAGGAGGCGGAGCCACCGAAAUUGAUUUGGCCAAGCAGAUUACUUCCUAUGGAGAGACGUGUCCAGGACUCGACCAAUACGCCAUCAAAAAGUUUGCCGAAGCUUUUGAGGCCGUACCGAGGGCUCUGGCUGAAAAUUCCGGGGUCAAAGCCAACGAAGUGAUCUCUAAGCUGUAUGCAAUGCAUCAAGAGGGAAACAAGAAUAUUGGCUUUGACAUAGAGGCUGAGAGCGCCGCAGUGAAGGACAUGCUGGAGAGCAAUAUCUUAGAUACCUACCUUGUAAAAUACUGGGGUAUCAAGCUGGCCACCAACGCUGCCGUCACUGUCCUGCGAGUAGAUCAGAUCAUCAUGGCAAAACCAGCGGGAGGCCCCAAGGCACCGACAGGCAAGAAGGACUGGGAUGAAGACCAAGACUGAACACCUGUGUUAUUUAUCUGUACUUUUCCACUAUGGACUGUCCUAUCUAUACGAUGUGAGAUGCCCCUUGAGAUAUUUGUUCACUUAAAUUAAUACUGUACAAUAAAAUCCCAAGUUCGUAAUAGAA